AUGCAAUUCACCCCUCACCCCGUGGUGAACUCUCUGGUUCGGGUCCCCGAACCAAAGCCGACCCGCUCUGACCAACGCGCCGGAUCCCCACGGCCCAGCUGGAAACAUGUCACUGCUUGCCGUGAUCAUGCUGCGGCUCCAAACUCCUGGUCCAACCCUCCGGCCUCUUUGAUUAUCGGUGAUUCCAUAAUCAGAAGGAUUAAAUCCAAAACGGCCAUGACAAAGUGUGCUCUUUCUUUCCUUUCUGUUUUCUGUCCAUCAGCUUUUUUUUCUAUCCUUGGGAAUGCAGCAGUCCUGGUAAGUGCAUGUCGUCGCCUCACCGUUCUCAAAGCCCCCGAGCUGCUGACAGUGAACUUGGCUGUCACAGACAUCGGCAUGGCCCUCAGCAUGUACCCCCUAUCCAUUGCUUCAUCUUUCAACCACUCCUGGAUUGGAGGUGACGUUUCUUGUCUCUACUACGGCCUGAUGGGCAUGAUCUUCAGUGUGACCAGCAUCAUGACUCUGGCUGUGAUGGGGAUGGUCAGGUACCUGGUUACAGGAAGUCCUCCAAAGACAGGCAUUAAGUUCCAGAGGAGAACCAUCAGUAUGGUGAUCACCGGGAUCUGGCUGUAUGCGAGUCUGUGGGCCAUGUUUCCUCUGGUGGGCUGGGGAAGCUACGGGCCUGAGCCGUAUGGACUAGCCUGCUCGAUAGACUGGACCGGAUAUGGGGCGUCUCUAAACCACUCCACCUUCAUCGUGACUCUGUCUGUACUCUGCACAUUCCUCCCCUGUCUGGUCAUCCUUUUCACCUACUUUGGUAUUGCCUGGAACCUACACAGGGCUUACCAAUCCAUCCAGAGCAAUGAUUUUCAGUAUGGCAAUGUGGAGAGGAAAAUCACUCUUAUGGCUGUGAUGAUCAGUUCAGGCUUCCUUGUUGCCUGGGCACCCUACGUGGCUGUGAGCUGGUGGAGCAUGUUUCACGAGCAAGACAACAUGACUCCAUUCAUUACCCUGCUACCUUGCCUCUUUGCCAAGAGCUCCACCGUGUACAACCCUCUCAUUUAUUUCAUCUUCCAGCGUGCGUCCUGGCACAAGCCUCUGUACCUGCAGAGGUUGAUGCUUUGUUGUUCCCUUCAGGCCAAUUCACCUGCCAAAGGAGGCAAACUGGAAGACAAACUUGUCAAAGGUUCUGACUGCACCUUAUUUGGAACAAGGACUAAUGAAACCUGUACUGGUCUAAUGGGAGCUCCUGGGAGUCAUUCUGGGAGUCAGAUAAUGCCUUUGGCUGAUACUCUACCUAUGUGAGGAAGUGUGCAUUGCUAUUUGACUUACUUAACUUAGCCACUCCAAUGACAAUCAAAAUAUGAUUAGCUCAAGUAGCUGUUUAAAUGAAGCUCUAGCGUAAGUUCAGUCAGGAAGACUAUAUAACUGCCUUCACGAUCGGGUCUUUCUCAUUCAUCUUUUUUGCACGCUUACUCUUGUUUCCGCUGUCAUCUUCUGGGGGCUGUCAUUGGUUAAUCAGCUGUCUCGUCAGCGGUACUCACCUAACCAAUGGCAUGGUGUUCCGCCCUUAUUUUCAACCUAUCAUCGCUCUGCUCCCCUAUUAAAUAUGAUUCUUUCUCUCCUUUAGUCCCUUUAUGCUGAUGUUUCGUGCGCCCCUCCUCCUCCCCAACACCGCCAUCUCGCAGAAUCAUCAUCCAUCAUGUCUCAUCCCAUCUGAUCUCAUCAAGUCAUCAG